AUGCCAGGCCAACCAUUCGCCCUUCUGGAACCUUGUUGGGCAAAUCCGGGGGAAGGUUGGUUCCGUGCAGCUUAUAAAUGGAACAGAGACAAGAUCUUUGAAUGGAUGAAGGAGACCGCUGACGCAGGUGGAAUCAAACCCGGAGAUAAAGAAUUAGGUACUCUCCUUACGGAAAUUCACAAUCGUGUGGUCCUUCUUUCGCUCGAGAAGGGGAGUCUGUACAAGGACAUAACAAAGCAACCAUCAUCGCAUAUUGCACGACUGAUGAACCGUGACUGGAAACAGGAUGAUGAAACAUCAUCCAAAUUCAUCGUCAGUGGUUGGUACUACAGGCAUAGUCCACGGGCUUCAUUAGGUCCAGUACCGCAAUGGUGGUGCCCUUUCGAUCUCCUUGGCCUUUUCCUUAGCCUCCUGGGACCAGCGCCGGCCUCUGCUGACAAAAACAACUUCUACCUCCCUCUCACAGCAGUCUACGGGCGUUGGUGCUCACGUAUCGCAGGCGAAAUAGAUAUUAAUUGGAAGUGGAAGCCAAGUAUUCAAGGCGAGGGUGAGCUGCCGUUUGUUUUCCAAUGUACGUGGUAUCUUGAAGUCGACAAGACCACCAAGCAGCAUUGGGGGCAAUACUUUCUGGGGGCAUCCAAUGCCGGGGACAAGUUCGAAACGGAUGUGAAGCUUGACACAUAUACGGGAGCCUGGAGGGAGCGUGCACAAGAGGCCCGUUUUGAUAUGCUAUUCAGAUGUCAGAAAGUGCCCAUGGUUCAGGUAAACGACUUCAAAAACAAGACAGCUCCCAACAUGGAGAAGAAGGCCGAUCGCAACAUGGUACCGUACGGAAACUGCGCUGAAACGUACCCAUUCGCUAUCAGAUUCUUGGCAGAUAAAAAGCAAAACCAAACUUCAAUGACUGGCCUCGCUCUCAAAAGCAAAUUCAUGGAAAAGGCGGAGUAUCCCGACUAUGAAGAAUACUCUACCAGUGAUGUUUGGAAGAACCUGAUGGCUCCUUGUGCUAAUUGCAAGGUGCUUCUUCAAAAUGCCGGGGCGUUGGAGUCGCAGUUUGCAGCAAAUCUAGAUAAGGCAAAGGCUCCAAAACGACCAAAGUCAAUGCUGGAAGGCUUGGAUUUAAGAAGCUAA